UGAAGCUCCAGGCUACGCACAAGGACAUCCCCUCCGGGUAAUCUAGGCUGGCACCAACAGGCCCGGCACGUUCGCCAAAGCGUGGGCCACUACGUUGAGACAACACGCAGCGCAUUGGCACGGACGUUCGCCCGCUCCCCUCCCAUUCCUUUUACACUGCACGGACGGCCACAAUGACAAGAGCAAGAUACAGCGGCACUUUGCCGCGCGGACUGCCAGCACGGUACGUGCUGCGUCCAGAGACGGGCGCAGGGAGGCAGCUGCAGCUGAGCGCGAAGGGGCUCGUCGGGGGACGGAACCUGCGCGCGGGAGGGGGAGUGGAGCAGACCGAGCAGAACACCGCGCAGACGUCAGCUCUCGGAGGCCCGGGCAGCGCUCCUGGGCAAGCGCCCGACCUCCCCGCCCGGGACGCGCGCGGAGGCCAGGAGCUGCGCUGGAGGCGCCUGCCAUGGGGUGGCCAGCGCCGGCCACCGCAGCCCGCGCGGGGCCUCGCUGCACGUGUGCCCCUGCUUCCUCGAGCAAGGAAGGGUCUGGGCGGCCAUGCAGGGCCGGUGCGGCCACGCGGGCCGUGCUGGCCGCGGUGGGAGAGCCGCCCGGUCUAACUGCAGCUAUGUCCACAAGCCGCCUCCCGUCAAGAGAGCUGCGGUGCGAAGUUGUUUUCCUCACGCUCCUCCUCCUGGGACAACGCCUCCAGAGGUUCGCCGCCGCCGUCACAGUCCGUCAGCGCGUCCGCCAACGGAGGUGAUACAGGCACUUCCACAGUGCCGGUCCUGAGAGCCCUGUUGGCCCGAAGGGCCACGAAGAGGGAGAGGACCACGAGGAACGUCGUGAUGCUGAUACUCGAGAUUAUCUGAUAUGAAUGAUGGGGAAAGAGGGGCGGCCGCCGCAAACAGGAUUCGCACUCCAGAGAGGCUACUCACUGAAUGGCUUGAGCCAAAGCGGCAGUCACGCCGCUUUGCCGUAUACAUGCCUCUCUGCACGCUGGGCACUCAUGCUUACCCUCCCUUCUCCCGGGAGGACAUAUACACAUCAACUUGCGAUCCGCCACACCGCGGCCUCGGCACGCCGGGGCGUGUCGGAGUGCCGGAUGCCUCCUGCAGGCGUCCAAGCCCCACUCCCUGGACCAAAAGAAG